GUAGCUUAUGUUUUCAUGUUUCUGUGGUUUUGAGCCUGGGGUAAGGAGGGAUCUGUCUCACAGGCUGUGCAGUAAGAACUUUCACACCUCUUCCUCCUUUUGUGCUGUGGUGCCUUUCUUCUCCUUGUUGGGUGAUGGAAAAAAUCUCUAUGAUGUGACAGUUAAGAAGCAGUCAUGUCAGCUCUCUGUCCACCUCCUUCUCCUGCAGUUGCCAAGACAGAGAUCUCCUUGAAUGGGGACUCACCAUUACUAGCUGCUACUUUUGCCUACUGGGACAAUAUUCUUGGACCUAGAGUCAGACACAUCUGGGCCCCAAAGACGGAACAGAUGCUUCUCAGUGAUGGAGAAAUAACUUUUCUUGCAAAUCACACAUUGAAUGGGGAAAUACUUAGGAAUGCAGAGAGUGGAGCAAUAGAUGUGAAGUUUUUUGUCUUGGCAGAAAAAGGAGUAAUUAUUGUGUCAUUAAUCUUUGAUGGAAACUGGAAUGGGGACAGAAGUACAUAUGGACUAUCAAUUAUACUUCCACAAAGUGAACUUGGCUUCUAUCUUCCUCUUCACAGAGUGUGUGUUGAUAGGUUAACACAUAUUAUAAGGAAAGGAAGAAUAUGGAUGCAUAAGGAGAGGCAAGAACAUUUCCAGAAGAUUGUCUUGGAAAGCACGGAGAGAAUGGAGGAUCAGGGCCAAAGCAUCAUUCCAAUGCUGACGGGAGAAGUUAUUCCUGUAAUGGAACUUCUUUCAUCUAUGAAAUCACACAGUGUUCCGGAAGAAAUAAAUAUAAGUGACACAGUGUUAAAUGAUGAUGACAUUGGGGACAGUUGCCAUGAAGGUUUUCUCCUCAAUGCCAUAAGUUCACACCUGCAGACUUGUGGUUGCUCUGUGGUUAUAGGUAGCAGUGCAGAGAAAGUUAAUAAGAUAGUGAGGACAUUGUGUCUGUUUCUUACUCCAUCAGAACGGAAGUGUUCCAGACUCUGUAGAAAUGAAUCUUCCUUCAAAUAUGAAUCAGGACUCUUUGUUCAAGGAUUGCUUAAGGAUGCAACUGGAAGCUUUGUGUUGCCCUUCCGUCAAGUAAUGUAUGCUCCAUAUCCUACUACACAUAUAGAUGUGGAUGUCAACACAGUGAAGCAGAUGCCCCCUUGCCAUGAACAUAUCUAUAAUCAACGGCGAUACAUGAGGUCCGAGCUGGCAGCAUUUUGGAGAGCCAAUUCAGAUGAAGAGAUGGCUCAGGAUAUCACUAUUCAUACAGAUGAAAGCUUCACUCCUGAUUUGAAUGUUUUUCAAGAUGUCCUGCAUCGUGAUACAUUAGUAAAAGCCUUCCUGGAGCAGGUCUUUCAUUUGAAACCUGGCUUGUCUCUGAGGAGUACUUUCCUUGCCCAGUUUCUGCUAGUCCUUCAUAGAAAAGCCUUAACUCUUAUAAAGUACAUAGAGGAUGAUACGCAGAAAGGAAAAAAGCCUUUUAAGUCUCUCCGUAGCUUAAAAAUAGACCUUGACUUAACAGCAGAGGGCGAUCUUAACAUAAUAAUGGCUUUAGCUGAGAAGAUCAAACCUGGUCUACAUUCCUUUAUCUUUGGGAGACCCUUCUACACUAGUGUACAAGAACGUGAUGUACUAAUGACAUUUUAAAGAUCCUGUAUGCUGCUGAAAGAAAGCUAGUAAUGUAAACACCAUUUUUCCCUUUUUGAUAAGCACAGUCUUGCACUCGAAUGCAGUGACUGAAAGCAAGUUACACUACAAUCCAGUCGAAAUGGGGAGGGAGUAUUCGAGGGAAAGUCACUUCAGUUAGGGAAGCACACUUCAAAAGAGCCUUUUUUGUUGUUUACAGUGAAAGUAAAUAUUUCAGUAGUUUUUAUGAUAUUUUGGGUUUGUUGUGUAAACUUUGCCACAGUUCUGGCUUAAACUGAUUUAAAGGGAGGCUUUUGUAUUGACUCUUUAGAGAGAUCAUACAGCUUCCCCACCAUUUCUCUUCAAUUUUGUGUCCCUCCUUAUCCUGUUAUCAGUAUUUCCCAGUGUUGUCAUGGAAAACCAUACUUCUUGUCCUCUCCAUUAUGGAGGGCACUGCCUUUUGUGAAACAGAAACUGGAAGGACAGUUUUAACUCUUUUUUUGUUCUGUCUUCUUUCCUAUGUGUGGGGCUGGUGUGAAAAACACCUUCCCUGCUCCCCAUCCCAUUCCAACUUCACCAGAAGCUUUUUUGCUACUUUAUAUGAUGCAUUUAAAAGGAUAUUAAAAAGAAACUAAAGAUGAAGGAGUACUGUACAGCAUUAUCCUUGGGAGCCAGAGUGCUGCCUUUUAGUGGAUUGUAAAGCCAAACUGAUCUGAAGAAUGCUGCUUUUAAAACAGGGUCAUUAUUUAAGCUGUUUUGCGUGUAUAAGUGCCAACCAGGAUUUUCUGUCACUGACUAUGUUGAACCAUCAUGCAUUUCAGUGCUUAAUGAUCCAACGUAAUAGAGCUCUUUCAGAAAACAAAACAGGAAAAUUAGGUUUUACACUUGCACAGCCAUUGCCAACCUUUCUUUUUAUAAUCUGCUCCUGUUUUUUUAUGAAUAAAAACAAAGGCCACAUUAAAACACUAGACCACCUGUGCCUCUGUUCUUUUUGGAAAUAACCCCUGGAAUAUAGCCAAACUUCAAGAUACACUUUCUUUUCAUGUUACCUUUGUCAUAUGUUCAGCAUAACUUCAUUCAGGAAUCAAUGUGGCUGUUAGCUAAUAGGAAUAACAGUGUUGAUGGAAAAACAAACUCUGGUUCAGUGAGAUGCUAAUCUCCCUCAUCCACACCAACACACUCACCUCUCAGUCCACUUGUUUUGCUUUGCAUACAGAAGAUAAAGAACAGCAGGAAGUUGGGAAAUGUACUUUACCUGCUUUCAGAGCAUUUCUUACUUGAAUAAUCUGAGCUGUUGGAUGUAGUUUUCAGAUUCCCCAGAAGCUUUUCAGGUUUUGCCAAUGUGCUACAUGGUGUACUGUGCUAAGUGAUGCAUCUGCAUUGCGUGCUGCUAUCUAUCUGUCUUCUCCCCUUUCCUUUCUCCUCCUCCCCCCCCCCCCCCCCCAAAAAAAAAGUCAGGAAUCUGCUUCUGUAAAUGUAGUGUGUUAAUGAUAUUCCAUGAUUAGAGAUUCCUUGCCAAAGGACUAUGUUAGUAACUGGGAAUCUAGGCAAAGCCAUUGUUGCUUUACUACUUAAGCCCUUGUUAUAACUUUUUUUUAUAGGAUGGGUUUGCUCUGUGAACUACUCAUUUUCAAACUCAGUUUCAUUAGUUGAGACAUAAGACACAACACUUCAGAAUAAUAGACUUUUCUAAAAUAUCCUUUCUUCUGACCUUAAAAGGGAUACUGUCAAAUAGCUAAUGUCCAAAAUGUGAUUGUCAUUUUCUUAUAGGAAAAUGUAUUUUACAAGCUAAAUAUUUAGGACUUCUAAUAGGAAAAAAGUAAGGUAUGCCAUUGUGUACUUAAUACAUAUGUGCAGUUACUACAAUUUCAUAUGAAAAUAAGAUUAUACAUGUGAAUGACCAUUACUUACUGUGUGCAUGCAUAGUUACCUUAUUACAUGCAUAAUUACUCUCACAAAUUAAAGUUUAUCUUUAAAAAAAAAAUUUUUUUCAAGUCAAUCUUAAAAAUAAAAACAUAAUACACUUUUGUAGAGUCCCUGCAAAAUGUCUCAUGCUAUUGGGCUUCCUUCUGCCAGCGUCUCAUCAGGAAAACUAUUGUUAGAAUUAUGCUGACUUAACCCAAUGAUACAGAGAUCAUUUUAAUGUGUCACCAAUUUAUCAUUAUACAUGUUUAAUCAGUUUGCCUAUUAAAAAAGGCAUAAUUCAUAAACUAUUUUUACUGCUUGGCUUCUCAGAUGGCAUUAAGAACUAAAAGUAGAUGACAUUACAUUUCUGAAAUGGAAGUAAGAUGCUAAAGUUCAAUUGACUUUAGACACAGUGCUGGAAUUAAUUAUUGUAGCAUGAUAAAGCUUUGAAAACUUAAUACUGACACUACUAACAGCAAAACUCUAUUGUUUACUGAAAACAUUUUUGUGCAUUUUCACUUUGAAACAGUUAACUGCUGGAACUCAUUCAAAUGCUAGUUUUGUUGCACUAUUGUCAUGGAUGCGGACUGUACAGUGAA